AUGACUCUUAAUCACGUCGACUCACUUCUGGCAAGCGUGCAGGACUUGGUUAGCAGUGAAUGCAGUAUCGCUGACACCUCUGUUCACACACCACUGAGCAGAACUCAUGAACCCUCUACUCUCCCACUCACUCUCCUUCCGUUCUCCCUACUUCCAAUUCGCCAGUGGAAAUGGCGGGCUUUUCGACAGUGUUCAAACACCCUCCUCCUCCUGCCGCUGCUGCUGUCCCUGCUUGCACUUUUCGCAAAGUGCCUCGAUUAA